AUGCUCUUCUUCCUCAAGUAUGCCAAGAGCGAGGACCUUGCUCUCACGCACAAGGAGUUCAAGAAGCAGACUUAUCCUCUACACCCAGCAGUGUCCAGUUACUUGGACUGGGCGGAGAGCAUGUACCGGCCCGGGAGAGAGCUGGUGGACCUGUCACGAAGUCACAGCCUGAUGGACAGCACGGAUGUGACGGCAGUCUUACAAUUUCUGCCUCUGCCGCCUCUGCCCUUCCCCCUUCCCUUCGAGCGUCCCGAGCUCAUCGAGGUGCUGCAGGCAAUGCGUGCUCCGCAGGGAAGUUCCCCUUCCGGUGCGGGACUCAGGGCUCGCGUCAUCAUGUCCGCGGUGUCCGGGCCUCUAGGGUUUGAACAACUCAUCUUUCCGCGGUACGAAGAUCAAUUCCUCAGAAACUCUGAGAGCAUCUUGGAGCUCUACCCUCAAAUGCGGAUAGCAUGCAACAUCCUAAAGGCCUCGAGGUAUGAGGACCUGAAGGUCGGGCCGCCCACAAAACACAGCCGACCUCUCAUGGCAGGCCUCGACAUGUUUCGCGAGAUCUUCUACCAGCAGGAUCCCAAGCUUCCCGGGUGA